AUGGAUCUUUCAGAAGUGCUGAAAUCGCCCACGAUCGCCCUGAAAGUGGGUCCAUUGGACUCAGAAGAUGUGGCAACUUACCAUGUCCAUGAAUCCGUACUCAUAAAAUCUUCUCAUUAUUUCAAGCAAGUCUUGAACUCCAAAUUUUCAGAAACAGUAAAGAGGGAAAUAGCCCUAUCCUCCCCAGUGGACACGCCACAAGCGUGCGAACUGUUCUUCGACUUCGCAUAUAAAGGGAAAUGCGAACCCAAAACAUUGAACCCGCUGCUAUCCUACGGCGAAGCGUAUCUUUUCGGGGAGAAGAUACAAGCUAUCGAGUUCAAAGAGUACAUCUAUACUCAGGCAAGAGCGGAAGCCGACCAAAAAUUCAGAGAUCUGGACUUCUUAUUCAAGUCUAUAAAACCCACGGAUACCUUCUCCAAGCCACGGGCGGAACUACUCGACACAUGGGGGUUAUUGAUCGAAAUGAUAUACGAGGAUACGUACGAUAACAAGGAAGAAAUUCUUAGCGCCGCAACCCCCUCAGAUGCCGGAACACCGUUCAAGGAUCACCUGGACAACGUCAAAUCAUGGCUAGAAACUUCGAAGCUCGAUCCAUUCCGUGGAUUACUAUCGCAGAUUUCCGCUCAAUACCCAUUGGUCAUAGCCAGCAAUCCCCGAAUUGUUGGAUUAAUCCGUUCCAUCCCUGGAUUCGCGGCGGAUAUUCUGAACUAUCAAUUGAAAUCAGCGGUGGAGGAGGUCGAACAAAAGCAUGUCUUUGAACUACCACAUCUUUAUGCCGUGACCCGGAAAAAAUCGCCAUAG